AUGCCCCUUGCAGGAGCAUGGUUUAAAAUAUGGAUUUAUUUGGGUUUGAUCUUUGGAUGGACAAUGGGUGCACGACCAAGAUUCGAUACUUCCACGGAUAUGGGAUUGGUUUUGAUUCCAGCAGAUGCGGAAGUUGAUUCGGUUAUAUUUCGAUUACGAGCUACCGAUCAGGAUGCUGAUUUUCCUCUUAUUUUUGAAAUAACUGGUAAUUCGGUUGUGAGAAUUGACAAUCUGCCAUGUACGCUCUAUAAUAAAGUGUGCCAGGCUAAUGUAAUUCUAACGAAACGUCUAAUACCUGGCCGUCUUCAUGAUUUCGCUGUAAGGGUUAAAGACUCUAAGGGUGAUUCGAAUUCGAUGCAAGCAACCAUUUCUGUCACGAAUGCGACCACUCAACGCGAUAAAAUAUUCCCGCACAUUCCUUCUCUGAUAAUGGUACCCGAGGACACUAAACCUGGAAAGGAAUUAGAUUAUUUAUUAGUUCGAGCAAAUCCCUGGAGUGGUAAGCCAGUUUACAUCGAAUUAUGGGUGAGUUUGCAACCGAAAGAAUUGUUUACGAUCAGACAACGACAAACACCAUCGCAAACUCGAGGAGUUAUUACAUUAAUCGGAGAAUUGGAUUUCGAAACUCAAUCCAUGUAUACUCUCACAAUGUACGCGACGGAUCCUUACACAGAACCUGGAAAGGAUACAAGAAAUAUCGCUGGUUUGAACGUUGUUAUUGUAGUUCAAGAUGUUCAGGAUGUUCCACCGAUUUUUACUUUGGCACCUCCUUUAACGAGACUCAACAAUUCUGUACAACCCGGGGAUGUAAUAUUACGAGUUCAUGCAGAAGAUGGAGAUAAGGGCGUUCCUCGAGAAAUCGCAUACGGUCUCGUGUCAGAGGGCAAUCCUUUCACACCGUUUUUUAAUAUCUCAGAAACGACAGGAGAAAUCGUUUUAGCUAGACCGUUGGAAGAACUAACACAAAUCACUCACGUCGGUGCACCUGUCGUGCUCAGCGUCGUCGCGGAAGAAAUAAGAAGGACCAGAGAGGAACCACCUGCACAGGCAACAGUCGUUGAAGUUGGACUUUUGCUUGGGGAACCAGGAAAUAGUCCGCCCUAUUUCGAAAGUGACACUUAUGUUACGGUGAUAGACGAAAACUUAGAACCGGGAACUAUAAUUAUUUUUGGCGAUCAAUAUUCGACGAGAGUGCGGGAUGAAGAUAUCGGUAAAGCUGGUGUAUUCGCUCUCAAGUUAGAAAAUAAUAAUGGCACUUUUGAGAUUAAUCCUACCGUUGCUGAACGUACUGCGAGUUUCACUAUUACGGUUCGAGAUAAUACGCUUAUCGAUUAUGAAACGUACAAGAGCUUGAUCUUCAAGAUUGUCGCUCAAGAAGUUGGCCCAGCAACAAAUUUAUCUACAUCCGUACCAGUGACGAUUUAUUUAAGAGAUAUCAAUGAUAAUCCACCGGUUUUCGAACAGGAUUCUUACGAAGUGACACUUUCGGAAAAUGUAACAGCCGGUACACGUGUUGUGCAGGUACACGCUACCGAUAAAGAUACAGGAGAUUUCGGUAACAUACAAUACACUCGGAUAAUCGGACAAGGAAGUGAAGCGUUCACAAUGGAUCCAGAUAGAGGAUUGAUAACAGUAGCGAUGGGAUCUUCUUUGGAUCGUGAGAUUGCACCUAGAUUGGAAUUAUCUAUCGAAGCACGAGAUGAAAAUGGCCAAGGCAAUCGUGGUGUUGUUCCUUUAAUAGUAAAUUUACUCGAUGUGAAUGAUAACGUACCGAUAUUCGAAAAAAGUAUUUACAUGUUCUUUUUGAAUUCUGAUUUGACCAAUUUCACAUCACCCGCUGUGAUCAAGGCUACAGACGCGGAUGCUGAGCCACCGAAUAACGUGAUCAGAUAUGAAAUAAUUCACGGAAAUUACGAGAAUAAAUUUUAUCUUAAUGAAAUCACAGGUGAAUUGAUUUUACGAUCACCAAUAACAAAAGUUCGAAGAAAGAAACAAAGUGCUGCAGAGAAAUUAGCUAGCAAAUCACAAAAAGAGUUACAUCGAGAUGAUAUGAAAGAAUCGAUGUUAAGAACGAUAACCACAACGGCAACUAAUCUAAGAAUGUCAAGAUUAUUCAAGAGGAGUCCUUUUAAGAAUGAAUUGUUAAAAAGUAUUCGAAGAAAACGAGCUGACGAUGAUAAUGCUCUGUACACGUUAACAGCUAGAGCAUACGAUCUUGGUGUACCACAUUUGUCGAGUUUAACACAAAUAAGAAUAACGAGUGGUGGGGCAGUAGAGGAUCGUAUUGUCACAUUCGUUUUACCAGAAGAACAUCCAGAUCCAAUAAAAACUGCAAAAACACUGGCUACGAUCACAGGAGCAAGAGUAACUGUUCAAGAUAUUCGUCCUUACGUUGCAACCAACGACACAUCUAAUAUGCCAAGUGAUGCUAAAAAAAGUAUCGUCGUUGCACGUGUAGAAAAAAGUACUUCCUUUGUCGACAUAGAAAAAAUUCGAGAAACUUUAGCGGCUAAUGGAGUUGGGAUAAUAAAUGCUUCAGUUAUGAUGCCUGAUUCUACUGGAAAAACUACCACCACUAAUAUCACCAAUACUGUUACCAAUGUGCAAAACGAAGAAGUUAUAACGGUGUACAAAGCAGAGAAUAAAAUACUUUUUUGGUUGCUGAUAAUUCUGGGUUUAUUGAUGCUUCUUGCAAUAGCUGCGUUGAUUAUCUGUUGUAUUUGUCCUAGCUGUCCAUUUUACAUGGCACCUAGAAAACGUCGAGUCCAAUCAUCGGAAACUUUAAUUGUCCGAUCGGACGGAAGGCCAAAGAGACAUCUUCAUCGAAAACAACCUACGAUCGUUCAUGUAACCAAUAACCAGGAAAGGAAGCAAGCAUGGAGUGCCGAUCCAACCCGAAGAAACUGGCAAUUCAAUCGGCGGAACGUGAAAAAUUGUGGCUUGGCUUCGUUACCAGGUGACGUAGCUUAUGUUACCACGCAUGCGAACGAAGGAAGAAUGAACGUGGAUUCCUCGAGAAAGCAACGAGAUGAUUUGAUUUAUGAUACUACUGGAAGAAUCACUGAGCAAGAACGAAUGUACGUAGAAGAUAUUGAGAAUAUGAAAAUGAGAGAUUAUCAUAUGGACGAUGGUAUAGAAUCUUUGGAACGACAUGAAAUCGAACGUAGUCCUGAUCAUCCUCGACAGAGUUAUAGAUAUGAACAAGAACAAGAUACGAACGAUGAGAGAACGGUUAGAGAGCAACAUUUUUAUCGUGAAGGUAAUGCGGAAAUUUUGCGAUUAGUAACAAGAGGACAAGUCGAGGAUAACGUGAUUCAACAUCGUGGUACAACAGUAAUCGUAGACGGCAAAGAUAUUAUCUUAAAAAGAUUUAUGGAAGAUCAAAAAAUGAGACAAGAAGCAUCGAUUCAAGAUCUCGACGGUGCACGAAGUAUGGAAUCAGCUCAAAGAGUCCGAGAAACUACUCACCAGCAACCUGAGAUUAUUCUGAUACCGCAAUCCUUAAACAUCGGUAAUAACCAGCACGUGGAUGAAAGUGGUCCAGGUGUUCAGAGAUUACUUAUCGAUCAUAUCGAUUACGAGGAUACUCCUAAAGAUAAAGUUACUCAUAUCUCGGACAUACAAACCACCAGACAAGAAUCUACAAUUGUUGGUGGAGCUUCUGAAAGUACCGAGAGACCAACGAUGCCAACCAAAGAUAACGCACAACCCAUUAAUGUUCAAUCUUAUUCAUACCAUGACAUGGAAUUGGCACGGCAAAACGCCUUGCUGACUAGACUUUUAUUGGAACGAGAAACUCGUGCAAGUGGACCUGCCAUGAUGGAUUCUACGAGUUAUUUGGAGACUCAAAGUUUACCUGGACAAGUAGCUAUUGCAACUCAAACCGAUAGGACUACCGCUACUCAAACAGAAAGACACGUUCGAAGUAGAAGUGACAAUGAUGAAUCCGAAGACGAGUCGAGGAUAAGAAAAAAAAUGAAAACUAAAAAGAGAUACGAGAGUGAUUCGAAAAGGACUAGAACUUUAUGGAUGAAAUCACCGAUAGAAGAAGAAAGAAGUCCAUGUUUCGAUAAACGUUUGAGUAUUCUUCGUAAGAAAGUAAAGGAGGUCAAAGAUGGAAGAAAGAUUUCUAUAGAACCUGAAGUUCUCCGUGAAAUAUCUGACUCUUUAGACGACAACGGAAGUUCCGGCAAAGGAGACGAUAAAGAGACGAAAACGUACGAACGAUCGACAGAAGAAACCAGUAUCAGAUAUGAAGUAUUAAAUGAAGAGGACAAUGGUAGUCCUUCAUCCACCGAAAUCAUCAAAGAUAAAUUCGACAAUGUUUUCAAUGAAAAAACUCAUUAUCGUGGACGCGAUGAUCAAAAAACUAAAAUGACCGAAUCAACUUCUUCUUCUACCGAACCCAAAGAAACAAGAGAAAAAUAUUCGGAAGAAGAAACAACCAGUCCGAAGAAGGAAACGAAAAAGAAUCAGAAAAAAAGUGAAAGUAAACCUACUUUUCGAAUAUUGGAAAGGGAGAUUACAUUGUUGACGAAGAAACUCAGUAAACUAGGUGAAAAGAAGACUCAAGAAAGUGCAGGAAGUGGAAGUACGAUUCAAGAAAAAACUACUACCAGUAGUAUGAAAAAAAGUUCGAAGAAGGACGUAGAUCAGAAGAUGUCUAAAAGGAAAGAAGAUUCUAGUAAGCAUCGAACAAAGAUCUCUACAGAACCGACUCCUAGCACUUCGAAAAUUGUAGAAAAAGGAACGAAUCAAAAAAAGGAAGGAACUGCAACUAAACUCAAACACAAGUUAAAGUAUCAGCAAGCUCAAGUUACGAGUACUGGAAGCUCCGAAAUAGAAGACACUCAUGAAAGAUCGAGAAAAGAGAGUUCUGAAUCGAAUAAAGAAAAUGUUAAAAAUAAGCAACUACCAGCAACUACUACGUUUCAUUCUAAAAUCAAAAGACAAUCUCACGUUGAGGAAGAGAAAGACAAUGUCAUAUCAAAGGAUCAAGAUAGCGAGAAACAAAAGGAAUUUUCUAAAGAACGUUCGAAGUUUGAUUCGAAGUUUGGGAAAUUAGAUAAAUCGAUAAGCCGCUUGCAAAAAGAAAGUUUAUCGGAAGAGUUCAGCGCAAGUACUGGUUCGGAUCAAAUUGAAAGUAAAAAGGAGUUUGGUACUCGUCGAAAUUUCGAUAAGAGAACGAGUACAAGCUCUUCUGAUAAUUUUUCCAGACAAUCGGGUCAACGAAAAUCGAGAAAAAUGCGGGUACAUCAAACUACUAAAGUUUCCGAUAUUUCGUUAAAGGAUACCCCAGAAAAGGAGGAUGCCGACAAACACAAAACGAGCUCGGAUGAUAAAAAUGUUAAAAAGAAAUCGAAAUUAAUUAAAAUGCAUGCUGAUGGAAAGAAGAAAAUAACUACGGUUAAGAGUGAUUUAGAAAGUACAGAAAACGAUGAUCGUGUGAUAUCAUUGAAAGAAGCUUUGAAAGAUUUUGUGGGUUUUGGACGUAACAAACGAGACACGAGCGAGGAGCAAACGUUUACCGAUAAUUUCGAAGAAAUAUCUAAGGAAACAUCCUUACAGGAUAAAGAUAAAAUCGAAGAAAAUCUUCGAGAUACAGAUAAAGAGGAAAUACAAAAACAAUCUAAAAAUGAAGACCAAGAGAUUGAAAUCACUGACGUUCCUUCCAAGGAUAUUGAAAAAGAAGCAAUAACUAAAGUAAACGAAGAUAGAAAAAUUUUAGAAACACGUGAAGUCGGUAGUAAAAAUUACGUCGAUAAAAAGAAGACCGUAGAAGAAUUUGUCGAAGAAUUACAAAAAGAAAUCUAUAUGUCUCAUAUAUCAGAUAAAGAAAAAAACGAGAUUGCAAGUACUUCUAGUGUGCCCCCGAUCGAUAAGAUCUUAUCGGAAACUACAAUAAUUCCGAGUACGUCUAUGAAUAUAAUCCAUGAAAAAGUAUCUUUUCAAGAUAACGUUGAUAAAAUUGAUUCCAAGAUUGAAACAGAAGUAACAAAAGAAAAAGAUGAAAUAACUAAGGAGAAAGAUACCAAAGAAUCUUUCGAAACUGAAAGAAAGGAUGCUUCGUCUGUUAAAGAUAGUAAACUAAUUCCUAUAUCCGUAGAUACCGAAAAAGAUACAAAAUCAUUCGAUCAAUCUGCAAAGGAAGAUAACGAGGCUACAAAACAAUUAUUUGAAAUUACUAACAAUGAUUUACAAGUUACGAAGGAUAAUGGUAAAGUUAAAGAAUCUGAAGAUAAACCAAGUUCGUCUAAAUCUGUGCAGGAUAAAGAUGAAAAGAAGGACGAGGAAAAAAAUACUUUAACUGUAACGAAAGAACCAAGUUCUUCUAUAGUUACGACAAAAAUCAUAGAAACGGCUUUAGAAAUUACGAGUAAACGAAGUUCACCCCAAGAAAGUGACAAGGAUGAAAAGUUUGAAUUAAAGGAGACGGCUAUCGAAAAAAGUGAAAAAGAUCAUGCACGUACAGGCUCUCUUGAAGUUGAUAAAAUUAUAAAAAGUAAUGGUAAGAGAGAUUCGAUAAUUGUAAGUGCAGAAGUGUACGCUGAACAAAUUAUUGAACAAUCUCCGGAUAAAAAUCAGGUUACUGAUGAAAGUAAAGAAGUAUUAAAUAUUGAAGAAGAUAAAAAUAAGGUCGAUAUAUCUGUCUCUGAGAAAGAUAAAAAAAAUAUUAUUGAAGAAUAUCCGGUUAAAAUAUCGCCAGUAAAAGACGUUUCUGAGUAUCAUGAGAUGAAAGACAUAGAAUUUACUCCUUACGAAGAUAAACCCAUGGAAGUUAUUGAACAGAGUAUUAUAAAUGUAGAAGAAAAGGAUAGUACUGACAAGUCUCACGUAAAGACAGAAGAAAUGACAUUAAAAAAGGAGGAAGGAGAAGCAGUUUAUAAAAGCGAUAAAAUUGAAAUAAAAAAAGGUGAAAGUGAUGAAGAGAAGCAAAAAUUAAAGAGAACUUUAAUCGAAUUAGAUCUAAAAGAACAGGAGAGUAAACCCACAGAUAAAGAAACCGAUAAAGAAGAUGUUCAUCCAGAAACUUUAAAAGAUGAUAUAACAGAUUUGACAUCUCCGAAAGAUUUCGAAACUCAUGAAAAGGAAGAGUUAGAAAAAGUCCAAAUUACAAGUAUACCUUCGACUGAACCCGAAGUUUCAACAUUAGCCGACACGAAAGAUCGAUUAACCAGCGAAGAAGAAAGAAUAGAAAUAAAAACGGUUGAGGAAUUAAAGGAUUCUACAGACGAUAGAUCGAUUAGAGUGGAAAAACCAUCGAAACCACCAUCACCGAUCCAAACACAAGAACCAUCGGUCGUCCAAGAGAAAUCCGAAAUAAAAAUUGAAACGAUGAAAAUCGAUAAAGAAGAAAAAGAAAGUGGGCCAGCCGAGGUUACCAAAACUACGAAAGAAUUAAAAUUCGACGAGAAAACUCAGUUAGGAACAGACGAUAAAGAUUUUACCGAGAAGGAAACCUUAAUCUUGUUGGGAGACAAAGGUGAUCAAGGUAGUAUAAUUAAAUUAGAGAAGGAAGAGGAUCAAGAAGACAAAGAAGAUUCGAGUAAACAAGAUAAGUUUGUUGAAAGGCCAGAUCAGAGGAGUUUGCAACCAGGAGAGGAGUUUACAAAAGAAGGACUUCAAACAAGGACGGAGGAAUACGAAAACGAAAACAACACUGAUCACGAGACCCUACCAAACGCCUCGGCACCGCGCUAAGGAUGUUCCUGAAAAAGAAAGCCUUUCAAAGGAAAUGACCGAAAGUGUAUCUGCUGUUGAUGACAUGAAAUUGACGGUCGAAGAGGUAAAAGAUGAAAGUAGGGAACUACGAGUGGUCGAUGUUACCAUGGAUGAUAUAAAAAAACUUCCUAGUGUUUUGCACGAGACAGCGGAACUAAAAAACAGUUUAAUUGAUAAAGAUA